GCAGCCCCUGUCCAUGGUGGGCUCAGGGUACACUGCAGGCAGGAGCACUCCAGCCCAGCCAUGGCAGGUGUGGGGAUUAAAUGUGACUUUGCUGCCCUAAUUCCAGCAUGGGCAACAUGGACAGAUUUCUUUGUAGUGCUCUGCAAAGAGAGCAGUUCUCCCCCGCUCAGUUGUCUCUUGGUAAUGGGCGAUUAGCUCUGUGACUGGCCUCUUCGUCGUUGUUCUUGAUGGGCUGGAAAUACGCUUUUCUCAAUAUGAACAUGUUGGUGACGCAGAAAUGAUGGAGACUUUAGAAGAAGAAAAUUUUGGUGUGUCCAUUUCCUCUCCUUCAGAUGCAGAAUUUGAUGCAGUUGUGGGGUAUUUAGAAGAUAUUAUAAUGGAUGACGAUUUCCAGUUAAUACAGAGAAGCUUUAUGGAGAAACACUACCAGGAAUUUGAGGAUACAGAAGAAAACAAACUCAUCUACACUUCUAUUUUUAAUGAAUAUAUCUUCUUAGUAGAGAAAUACAUAGAGGAAAAACUACUUGACAGAAUUCCUGGGUUUAGUAUGGCUGCUUUUACCAUGUCAUUACAACAGCACAAAGAUGAGAUGGCAGGUGAUAUAUUUGAUAUGCUUCUGACAUUUACUGAUUUUCUGGCAUUCAAAGAAAUGUUCUUGGAUUACAGAGCUGAAAAAGAAGGUCGAGGUCUGGAUUUAAGCAGUGGGUUAGUGGUGACAUCUUUAAGCAAGUCCUCAAUAUCUUCUCAGAACAGUUUGCGACACUAGUUCAUAGCUGCAGAUGAGUGCGGCUUCUUUCAUUUGGACAUUCCAAACACUAUGGAGGAUUCCAGCGGUAAUGGAAGCUGAUUGCCUCUCUACAUCUCACUAGGCCUGAUCGUCUAAGCUGCUCUUGUGAAUUACUGUUGUUAUUCAGUGACCAUACAAGAAAAUAACUCCAGCCCUUCCAGAAUAACUGACUUCAAGACGCUGAUAAUAUAUAUGCACAAACCAACAUGGAUUCUGUACCAAGGAGUUCAGCAAAUGGGACUGCAUAUGUGUUUCCUAUUGGUGAAAACUACAACCCAGAUAGCUCUCUUUCCAGUAAUGUAAAUUAAAAAAAAAAAAAACCCAAACUUGAAAGACUGUACUAACAUGGAUGAUCAUUUAACCUUUUUUGAAUAGGAUGGUUACAACUCCACCACCUCUGACUUCUCACACUCGCAAUACCUUUCAUUUUUUGGAAAAUAUCUUUUCACUGUGAUGAGAAAUGAAGCAUUUCUGUGGAAUAUAUUGUGACAUAUGUAGAAUAUAUUUUGUACAUAUUGAGAGUGUCUCUGUUUUGUGGUAAUUGUUGGGGGACCGGGAGAGGGUCCACCCAUGGGUAGAUACAGUUUCACUCAUGAACUCACAGAGCUCUGAUCAUCAGCUUUGCUUGUAGGCACCAACUAAAGUAAAAAACCACCAUGUCUGUAAAACAUAAGCUUUGCUUACACAAAGACUGUUCUUACCUUGUUUUUUCCACUGCGAUGCUGCAUGGGUGCUGCCAGCAUAUAAGAUGUAGUGUAGAUUAAGCUCAAGAAUUACCACCACCAAAUCAUCAAACCCCCUAGCUGAUGUGCUGAUUAAAGUCUUUUUCCCAGUGUAUACUGAAGCUUUCACCGUUAUUUGCAGCUGCACUGAUACUGAAAAACUGAUGAGAAAUUUGCUAGUAGAGAUGCACUCAUUAAUUCUCUACAGUAGACUUCUUUACAAAACCACCCACUCUUGCACCACUGUGGAUGCUGCUACACUGGCCAGUAGUAACCAGGGACGUGCCAAUGUAGUCAGAGCUCAGAGCCUGGUGUUUUUAGCCCUAUGUUGUCUAUCUUCUGUGAGCAGUAAGCAAAAAUCCCACCACUGGCACGAGUGGAGCCAUGCUGCUAGGAGACUUCCAGCAAGAGCGUAGUGUAGACAGACCAAAGGUAUUGCAGAUCCAUGUUGUUAUAACAUGUUAGUGUUUUGGCAGUGCAAAUGGAAAACUUGUUAAUCUGUGUGAAAUCCUGGCUGUAUUAAAAUGUAUGGGAGUUUUGCCAUUGAUUUCAAAUGGGCUGGAAUUUCACCCUGAAGUUAAAACACAGUUUUCUAACAUGGUUGCAAAAAAUUCCCACCCACAUAAGCAAGUAUAAGCCAUGUUUGUAUUUAAUAUAGUCUGGACACAAGGCUUUUUAACUCCUCUCAUUUCAUAGAGUAGACACUGACUUUCAGUAUUAUGUAACAGCUGUAGUAUCCUACUGUCUUAGCCUGUCCUAACCCUAGAAAUAAGGUAGUAAGUAACUUCAUUGAACUUAAAUUUCCAGUAUGUUUUUAUAAGUCCGCAGUUUAGCUGCUGGAGAUGUCCUAGUAUUUCUGUUAAAAACCUCCCACACAUUCACUUUCUAAAACAUUCCCCUUCAGGAUUUUGUAACUCUUCCAAUAAGCUAUUUACCAAUCUCAGAGUCCACACCCUGAAGCAAUCUUAAAAUCACAAGAGGGAUCCUUUGUUGUUUUUGCAACCCUAUAGCUUUUACUUACAAAUCCCUGCGAAUACACAGUAGAGGAGGAACUGUAUUCUCCCACAUGCUGCUUUUGAAUGCUUUUUGAUUGAAAGUAAUUCUAUUGGCUUUUUACUUUAUUGAACAUCAGACAAGCUAAAUUUAAUUCUCUUUGCAAUGAAAUGCUCGACUGAAUCACUUUUUUAUCCUGUGCUAGUGUAACGUGGGCAUUGCUUAAGUAUAUUAGUUACAGUAUAAUAGUUUUAAAGUAAAUUCCUAAUCCUGCAGACAGGACCCUGUCAUAAAGCUCAAUUUGAACUGAAGUAAGUGGGACUGAAUGGAGGCAUGGUGUCUGCCCACAUAGAUCCAGUUACAGGACCUGAGUCUUAAGCCAUGGAGGCAGAAUAUCAUCUGGUGUAUAUUGUCACGGCUCCAUUGAUAAUAGAGAUGGUUUACACCAGGUGAUGCUCUAUCCUCAGAAGCUAUCUGAGUUUCCCAUUUGGUUUCAAGGCUUGGCCUGCCAUCUCUGCCAUGUAAAGAUCAUUGUUUCCAAGAGGGAUGUAAUCUACCAUUCAGGAGCUUUGGGAAGAGAAGAUGAUAGGUUCUCUAGAUUAGCCAAUCAGACUGUUAGGUAAAUGUUUGAUCCCGGCUAAAUGCAGUUCCCCCAGCUGUCUUAAGAACCUCUUGGAGGAACUCCUGGGAAAGCUCGUACAGUCACGAAAGAAAAUACCUGGUGUCUAAAUGCAGUGCUUCUAAGAGAUUUGAAUCGGACUAUUCUUUUUAUUUCAGUGCGUGGGCUAGAAUUCUUUGGUCUGUUACCUUUGUACUUGUGUGCAUUCUAUCGAAAUUGGUUUUGUACUGGGAAUAGAAAAAGAAUCAUUUAAAAAAAACAUACUGAACCAUUUUUAGCAAUUCGUUUUUCAGUGUUGAAUUGAAAUUGAUUAAAGUUACAAAUGUGAA